AUGGCCCCUGUCCUUUCUGAAAGCUUUACUAAAGUUUUGACAGAAUGGAGGAUCCAAUCAAUGGUUCUCAUUAGCCUCCUCUUCCAAACCAUGUUGAUCGUAUCCGGAAGCAGGAGAAAAUAUUGGACUAGUAUCCCACUCAGAUUCUUUCUAUGGAUGGCCUAUCUAUUAGCUGAUUGGGUUGCAAUACUCUCACUCAGCUUAGUUUCUAAUUCCAAAACCAGUGCAGAAGAUCCUAACCCGGGCUUCGUUAUAAAAGCCUUUUGGUCUUCUCUUCUUCUUCUUCACCUCGGUGGCCCUGACACCAUUACAGCCUAUUCCUUGGAAGAUACUGAAUUAUGGUUGCGAAACUUUGUUGUUCUAUCCGGACAGGUGAUAGCCUCUCUCUACAUCUUCCUCAACGCCUGGUCUGGCAAUUGGCUCAACUUUCUCUCUGUUCCAAUACUCGUGGCUGCGAUCAUCAAGCUUGGACAGAGGAUUUUGGUUAUGAUGCGUGCCAGUAGCGAACAUUUUAGAAAAUCAAUGUUUCCAACUCCUGAUCCGGGACCGAACUAUGCCAGGUACAUGGAUGAGUAUAGCUCGAGGAAAGCAGAGGGGUUCAAGGUGACUUCAACAAGUAUAGUUGACAUUCCUAAAGUAGGUCACCAUCUUAAUUCCGCUCCAGCAAACGUCACAAUUCCCGACGCGAAAAGCCUUUUAGACGCCUGCACUUUCUUCAACAUGUUCAAGCCACUUUUCGCCGACCUCAUCCUAAACAUCCACGACAUUGUCAAUAGUCAAUCUUUUUUCCAAAACAAACCAUGUGAGGAAGCGUUUAGGGUGAUAGAGAUCGAGCUUGGAUUCAUCUACGAUGUGUUUUACACGAAAGUGGUUACGUUCUACUCCGCUCUAGGUGUUUUUCUCCAUUUAUUUAGUUUGUUAUGUGUUAUUUCUGUAUUUGUGGCCUUUGUCAUUGGUAAAAAGGAAGCUCACUCAGUCGAACAUGUCGUCGUCACCUACGUACUGUUGACCGGUUCUGCCAUUCUUGAAAUAUAUGCCUUUCUUUUUCUACUUUGCUCUGACUGGACAAUGUUAUGGCUAAGCCAGCGGAAGAAUAUUUUAGCGGAUCUAUUAUACCAACUCAUUUCCUAUAUACCGAAGUUUUUUAUACCCAAAAACAAGAGAUGGUCCAAUAGCAUGGGACAAUUCAACCUUAUAGGAUUUUGCCUCAAAUAUAGGCCUGGGAAAUGCGGUUUUUAUUUGAAGCGCUUGAUAAGCUUUUAUGAUAAGUUGGUAUACGAGUACCAUUUCAAGAGGAAAAACAUUCCUAAAGAAUUGAAAGAGGAGAUCUUUAAGCAGCUUCAAAAGAAAUCCAGAGGUACCUUGAGAAAGCUUAGCGCUUGUAAGGAAUUAUGUGAUCAUAGAGGUGAGACUGCACUUAAGAAUGAGGAAUGCGACAGCAGACUCGGCUGGAGCGUUACGGGAGAAUUUGAUGAAAGCAUUCUUCUCUGGCAUAUUGCAACAAAUCUCUGUUAUAACUCUGAUACGGAUGAACACUUGAGCAGUUCUCAACUGAACCAAAGCCCAAACAAGAUUCGGCCUGUAAAUUUUAAAGAGAUCAGUAAGCUCUUGUCCGAAUAUAUGUUAUAUAUUCUAGUCAUCUGGCCAUUCAUGCUGCCCAAUGGGGUUGGACAAAUCAGGUUUCAAGACACUUGCGCCGAAGUGAUCGAGUUCUUGGAAGGGAGAAAGUCCAUAGCAAUAAAUGAGAAGAAGGCUUGUGAAGCGUUGCUCAACGUGAGCACCGAAAUUCUUCCAUCCGAAGUAAAAGGAGACAGAUGCAAGUCAGUGUUAUUUGACGCCUGUGGCCUGGCGAAAGGCCUACAAUCCCUUGAAACAGAACAAAACUGGGAGAAAGAAAAAAAGUGGGAAUUGAUAAGCAAUGUUUGGGUGGAGAUACUGUCAUAUGCAGCCAGCCAAUGCCAGAAAAAUCAACAUGUCCAGCAGCUAAGACGAGGUGGCGAGCUACUCACUCAUGUCUGGCUUCUUAUGGCUCAUCUUGGUAUAACCAAACAAUUUCAAAUUACAGAUGGCCACGCUAGGACUAAGCUGAUUGUGCUGUAA